UAUGCUGCCUUGAUCACUCAGGCCAUUCACUCAACUGAGGAUAAAAAGAUGACCUUGGAAGGGAUAUACAAUUAUGCUACAACAACCUACCCUUAUUACAGACAAACGCAGAAAGAAUGGCAGAGCUCUAUUCGUCACCAGCUUUCCUCGAAUAAGACGUUUGUUAAACUGCCAAAGAAGGCUACUGAGCCAGGCAAAGGUGUCUAUUGGACAACUGUGGAUUUG